AUGAAAUUCUUCGUUUGCAUAUUUGCUGUUAUUGCCAUUUUGGGCGUAGCCUCGGCUGGCUACAUUCACUCUAGCUAUUCUGUGCCGUACGCGUAUUCCUCGCCCGUGGUCUACUCACGGCCUCUGGUGUACUCGCCGUACUACAGCGGUUACAGCGGUCUCGGCGGGUACGGCGGCUACGGUGGCUGGUUCUCUGGCUGGAGGAGUGGAUGGUGGUAG